AUGUUGGAACAAGUCCCCUACUGUGACUAUAGCAUUUUGAAAAGGAAAAAGAACUUAUUCAGUGAGGAGCUUCAUCCAUAUUUGCGCAAAGUGACGACGGUUGGCGAUUACAUUCGAAAUGUUAAUGAUUUCCACCAUUCAAAGAAAGUAAGGACAUUCACAAGAUCUAAAAAGAACAAGUUUGAAGCUAUUUUCUCCAUUCUACUACAUACAUUACACUAUGCAUGUGCCAACACGUCUGCUGUGCCCAAGAGUUUUUUGAAGCUUUCACACAACUUGCCACAGGAGGUUGAAUAUAUCCUGAAAUCCACUAAAUCUUCACAGUUCUUGAAACAGGCUCAUGAAUUGGAUCCAAGUUUUCAAAAAGAAGUUGCUCAGUUAGUCAAUUUGUAUUCCUAUGGUGAUACUAAACUCUCAUUUGAUACCAGAAAGAUUGAUCAAAAAUUAUUGAAAAAUAUUGAAAUAUCAUACGCUGCAUUAUUAUUACAACUAGACAAUAGACAUGAAAUUCAACAUCUACUUCAAUGGAUUUCAUCAAUAAUGGCACCAACUGUUACAAAAUGCUGUCAAUCCCUUACGGGUCUCUCCACAUUUCCAAAUGUUGUCAUCAAGGAUGUACUUCUUCGAGAACCAACUUCUGAGUAUGAGUUUGAUUUGAUGUUUGAUCUUUUCCAGCAUUAUGCUGAAGUUAAUACUGUUUUCUCAGAAGUUUUGAUCAAAAAUAUGAUUCACUUUGCAAAUAGGUAUAAGUUUACAAAACUUGAAGAGCUUGUACAAAUCAUAUUAACUAAAGGUGGCCAGUCUGAUGAUGCAAUGUUAAACAGAUUGGUUUGCUCAUUGGCAGAUCUCGGAGAGAUGAAGAGCUCCAGAAAUCAUUAUUUGAGUGUAUUAAAUGCACAAAGAUUGAUAAUUGAUAAAAUCCUUGAAAGAAAGGGAGAAAUUGCGCCAUUGGGAUAUCUGGGUAUUGCUCGUGGGUUGAUCCCUCUAUCUCCUCAAAGAGCUGGUAAAUUCUUAUUAUUUGUGCUGGACCAAAAAUUAACAACUGAGGAAAGCCAAUUAGCUAGCAUCAUAAAAUUGAAGCUAAGUCAGUCUCCAGAUACAUUGAUUCGCACAUUUGACUCAACAAUGGGAGAUGUUACACUAGAAAAAUCUCCAGAUCUUUGGAAAGAAUUAUUUAUCAAUCUUGAACAUUUUAAUUUACUCAAUGAACAAAACUCGUUGGGUUUUCUGAAAAAAGUUGAAACUCCUCAGUUCUCAGAUGCCAAGAAUGAAUUACUUUCCCAUCUUGAUUUGAACGAUAUAUUAGAGAAGACCAUAACCAUGAAUAACAGAAGUUUGGGUAUUAUUCUUGAUAAAUUAUACAGGUCCAAAAAACAUUUUCACGUUUUCGGUGAAGGAUACAACUACGCAAGGCAUAUAUUUCACAAUAUCUCAUCUCCUUCAAGGUCAACAGUUGGUGUUGUGUUACUUGGUGAAUCAUUUGAAAAUCCUUCUCAUGCAUAUGAUCUUUAUCUAACCCUAUUGGAGAAACAUUGUGAUAAUAUUCCAAAUGAAAAAUGUCUAUUAUCCUUAUUGAUACCACCAUAUUUGGAUCCAACAUUGAAAUGGGGCAAUCGUUAUGCUUCUCAAAUCGCAGUUCAUGAGUUCAGGAAACAUUGCAAAAGAUCACUAGAUGACGUUGAAGGUACAGUCAUACCAUCCAAUUCAUUGUGGAAGCCAUAUGUGAAGCUACUGGGUAGAUGUAAUUAUCAAGAUGAGUUGAGUGAAGUGAUGAAGCUUUGGGAAGACUUGAAUGUUAUCCCUGAAAGAGAAACUUUAGCUAUGUUAUUAGCUUCACUCCCGAUGGGUGUUGGUGAAUCCAAGAGAAGCCAUGCAAUUAAAUAUCUUGUCCCUAAUGAAGAUUCAGGACAAAUCCAAGACCUUUCUGAGACUCCAAAUUGGGAUUGGCCGGAUGAUCAUGAGCUAUACUUUCAACGAGAGAAGAUUGUCCAAAGAUUUUGACGUUUAUUUAUUAUUUACUGCUUAUUGUUAUUUA